AUGCAUUCUCCUUUUCUAAACCAACUGUUUCUCAGCCAUAAAUUGGGACUCGGUGGGCCUAUUGGGUCUGGACAGCAGUGGAUUUCGUGGAUUUACAUUAAUGAUGCUGUGGAUCUAAUUACUUUUAUCCUUAAUCCCGAUACCAAGCUACCUAAUGGGCCCAUAAAUGUGUGUUCUCCUAAUCCUGUCCGACAAAGCACUUUCUCAGUUUCACUCUCAGAAGCUGUCGGUGCACCCUUUUCUGGUCGAUUUCGAGUACCUGCUUUAUUGGUUUAUCUUAUGCUAGGGAAGGAUCGGGCUAGCAUGGCUCUUGAGGGCCACCGCGCUUUUCCUACCAAAGCAUUGGCAGCUGGAUUUCACUUUCGCUACCCACUCAUUGAAGAUGCCUUGGAGGCUGUGUAUGGAAGGAGGCCAAGAUCGGUCUCAACAACGUAA